AUGGUAUUCCACUUCCAGAUCCCGCCUCGAGUUUCGCGCCUGGGCAGGUAUCCGUAUCGGGAUUAUCAGAUUGAUUACUCGACCCAAGAGCAGUCAAAAGCUCAGGAGCAACAAAGUCAGCUAGUUUACCACACAAACCAACAUUCUCCACAGUCUCUUCAUCAUGGCGCAAGGCCUGAUGUUGGCUUCCUCUCAGGUGGACAGCAUCAUCAAUCCUUUCAACCGCAACAGCAACAGUCGAGCCAUCACCACCAGCAGCAGCAGACGCCCCAGCAGCAGCAGCAGCAGCAUGGGCAACCAGGUGCUGUUGCGUUGUCCUCUGCGGGAUCCCAUAACGCGGUGCGCGACAUCCAACCACCCGUUCUACUCCCCGCGCAGAUGGUAGCACCCCAGCUUCCACCUCACUUUAAUGCCGGGGCACUUCAGUUACCAUCAUAUGCGAGUAAGCGACACGGAACGAAAAGAGCGCGCAUCGACGACGGUCCUGGCGAAUCCGGUGACGAUCACACUACAGGGAUUAGCCUUUCAAUGCUCUCGGACGCAUCCCACGGGGAUGAACCGCAAUCCACUGACAUGCUCUUGUCUACCCAAUCGGACCCCUCUUCGCAUCACCAGCCUCCCAGCCAACACGAUUACCAGCCAGCUUCUUCACUACAUCAUCAACAACACCAUCACCACCAUCGAUUACCUUCGCAAGCCACACUUGCAGGGGCGCAGCGCUCCGAUGCAGACUUGACAUCACCGGGGGGUGUCUCUGGGCCUCCAAGUGUGGUUGGGCAACCUGGAAUGCCUGAUCCCGCGCCGCGACCGCGAGGGCCUAAGCUGAAAUUUACCCCGGAGGAAGAUGCGUUGCUCGUGGAGCUGAAGGAAAAUAAAAACCUCACAUGGAAGCAAAUUGCCGACUUCUUUCCUGGUCGGACCAGCGGGACACUGCAAGUUCGCUAUUGUACCAAAUUAAAGGCCAAGGCGACAGUCUGGACGGAUGAGACGGUGCAACGGCUGCGUAACGCGAUCCAUGAGUACGAAAAUGACCGCUGGCGUGUGAUAGCGAACAAGGUUGGAAAUGGGUUCUCUCCUGCAGCAUGUCGAGACAAAGCCACAGAAUUUUAG